UUUUAUUUUCUUUAGAGACCCGACAGAGUCUCUUUAAAUAAGGAAGACUUAUCUGAAGAAGAAUUAGCCUUUUAGACAUAUAUUGAUCGCCUGAGAGGGACAUGAACGAUUUGUCACCAGUUAUUCAUCAGCUGACUACAAGACACUUAGAACAAUUCCAACUGUAACUAUUUAAAAACAUCUUUUAUCACCAUCACCAGAUAUACACAGUUGUGAGAUAUGAUCGGCAUCCAUCCAGAUAUGAUGAGACUUCACCCAAUUCUGAUAACAUCUCGCAUCCUUCUACUAGAACAUCUUCCAUCAUCGGUUUCAUCAGUUCUCUCAUUUCUCGGUGUCUACAGGGAUGGAAGUCCGUCUACUUUUACCUCUCGUCCUUCUACAUGGGGUCACCUUGUUCUGUGCAGUGAAUGGAGACAAUAUGACGGAGGAGAACAUCGGAGACACUCAAACUGUCACACCGAGACCGACUACUAUGCAGAAUAUAACGACGCCGCAGUGUGAUCAUUGUCCAAAAAAGACCGAACACCCCACCACACAUCAUACCACCGUGCUAUCCACCGAUCAUACCACACAGGAACCUUCUCCUCCACCCAAACCCAUAGAAUACAUUGUGGUUAACCUAGCGGGAGAAGUCUGUCUAAGAAUAAAGGGAAUCUUCAAAAUAAUGCGGAACACCACUGAGAUCAGAUAUAUCACGUUCCCAUCACCUCCAAUACCAGAGGUUCUUGGAUUUUGUCAUGGCAAAGCACAGCUAUUCCUUAAAUUUCCAGAAGCAGAACUUUACCUGACAUUCGUAGAGGACGAGGCGAACAAUGAGUUUUUCCUGGAGAAUGUUAGAAUUUACAUACUGGAAGAAGAAGAAGAGCGGUACUUCGGGAUUGAACUCACACGGGCCUUGGUUACCCCACUUGGUCAUUUAUAUACCCAUAAGGAAGAGAGAAUAAGGGUUUCUUCGGAAGUGAGCCUUGUGUUCGAGGAUGUCAAAGUUCAGGUCUUUGAACCGGACGAGGGCAAUUUCAGAGGUGGUAAUAAACCAAGGAUCGGCUACAUUGAUAAUAAACCUACCUUUGGCUACACUGGUUAUAAUCCUGAGAUCGGCUGCAUCGGUAAGGAAAUAACACAAUGCGAUAACAUUUUUUAUACAUUACUCUUUUAGGAGCAAAGAAUUGUACCUU